AUGAUGUGGUCGUUUGGCAAGCUUCUGCUGGCCUUCGCAGUUGCAUCCACCAGUGCCGCCACCGCCAAUGCCGCCGUGGUGUUCGAUCGCACCAUCUAUUACCACAAUACGCCGCCCGAUGCCGCGGGCCACUAUCGAUUCGAGUUCCAGACGACCAACGGCAUCACCACCAAGGCGGCUGGCAACGAGAAUGGGGCCGUGGGCGUAGUCCAAUAUGUCUCCCUCGAGGGCAUACCCGUGACCUUCACGUACGUGGCCGAUGCCGAUGGGUAUCGAGCCGAGGGCGAGCACAUUCCCGCCGUGCCGCUGCAUGUGCUCCGUCAGCUGGAAUACAUUCGCACGCAUCCAGCGGUGGAUGAGCACAGGUCGAGGCGUUGGUAA